CCCUUCUCGCAUGGAAGGAUUAAGGCAUGUGGAUUUGUACUAUGAAAGACGACAUUUCCCUCAGAAUUCCGCUUGACAGUUGUGUAAACCUUGUCAUAGAAUAGAAGUAGGCCAUCAAUGAUUGGUCAAAUUGUCAGGCAAAUCUCCAAUAUUCAGUUGGCACUCAAACAGCUGAGGUCCCGAUCAAUGGCUUGUCGCCGGAACAAAGGGACACCGAGGAGGCUCCGUUCUGGCAAAUCGAGCUUGUUAAGGUGGUACUCGCGAUCCAUGGCGAUGAGGAGAGGGAGCACCAAGACAACGAACGUUGUCCCUGUUAUCCACGCCGCCUUUCCCGUGCUCUUUGCCAGCUUCUUCGCCAUGAUCAGCCCUUGCUUCUUUACCAUGCUUCCAUCCACCCUAGCCAGCACUCCUGCCUCCUCCAUACUCGAUCGCUUCCUGCCUUCAGUUUCAGACCCCAUUAAAAUAAACAAGUCUAGGGACGGGUUCUAUGCUUGGGUUUUGGAUUUUGGCUGGAAGAUGACCUAUACAGUUGAAAUGUAGUCCUUCUGAUGGCUGGUGACUUUAAC